CGAACACGCCAACCCAAUAAAAAAAACUCUCCGGGGAAGGGUGCGCAGUGUUCCACCACGAAGAAGCUCGUUAACGUUAUUGUAACCCUAACUAGGGUUUCUUUUUUCUUUAUCGCGUUCCAUUUUCUUUUUUGAUUCUUCAUUGGAUUUGGGGAUUUUCGUCCAAUCGCAGCACUGGAUCCGUAUCGUUUUCCUCCGUCAACCGACCCCCCCUUUGCUCGAUCGUUCGGCGAUCUCGGUAACAUGUACGGUCCGAGAGGGGCAAUGUUGGGAAGCGGGGGGGUUUCGGACGGGUACGAGGUUGGCUCAAAGAGACAAAGAAUGAUGGAAUCCAAUCCAUACUUCGCAGUGAGCAGCGGAACAGGCAGCUUUCAACCCUAUGGAUACGGUGGUGGCUUCCAGCCCCCUCCUCCAUUUCCUGUGGUUCGUCUCAGGGGACUUCCAUUCAACUGCACUGACAUUGACAUCCUGAAGUUCUUUGCUGGACUGACCAUUGUGGAUGUGUUGCUUGUCAACAAGAGUGGACGAUUCUCAGGAGAGGCCUUUGUAGUCUUUGCAGGAGCAAUGCAGGUUGAAUUUGCUCUACAGAGAGACCGGCAGAACAUGGGUCGCAGAUAUGUGGAAGUCUUCAGGUGCAAGAAGCAAGAUUACUACAAUGCUGUUGCAUCUGAGGUCAAUUAUGAAGGAAUAUACGAUAAUGACUACCAUGGAAGCCCUCCUCCAUCUCGGACCAAAAGGUUCAGCGAUAAAGAUCAGAUGGAAUACACUGAGAUAUUGAAGAUGCGUGGACUUCCAUUUUCAGCUACUAAAGCUCAAAUUAUUGAUUUUUUUAAAGAUUUCAAGCUGAUAGAAGAUAGGGUACACAUUGCUUGUCGCCCAGAUGGAAAAGCUACUGGAGAGGCUUAUGUGGAGUUUGUUUCCCCCGACGAGGCCAAGAGAGCAAUGUGCAAGGAUAAAAUGACAAUUGGAUCAAGGUACGUGGAGUUGUUUCCUUCGACAACAGAUGAAGCUAGGCGGGCAGAAUCAAGAUCAAGGCAGUAACAGAUAUACACUUCCGCUAGGGACUGUGUAUCUUACUUUAGGUCCUGAAACAUUGUUAUAUUUUCUGGUACUAUUACUACACUGUUUAGCUUUAGAUUAUGGUGCUUAUGGUAUUAGUUCAACUUGCUAGCUAUAUUUCAAUGUCUCUGAAUUGCAUGCAUUAAUUUAUGAUUAAUAGAUAAGAUCCAUAACAGUGGUCA